AUGGUCGUGCCGGAAGUCUCAGACAUUGUCGGCACCCCAGCGUCCCAGCGCCAACUGUCCGUCAUCCUCGUCGGUAUCGAGACACACAUCUGCGUGACGCAAACCACCCUCGAUCUGCUGCGGCGCGGGCACAAGGUCUACGUCCUCGCGGACGGCGUGUCGAGCUGCAACGAGCUGGAGCGACCGAUCGCGCUGGCGCGGCUUGCGCGUGAGGGUGCGGUGGUCACCACCAGCGAGAGCGCGCUGUUUGAGUUAUUAGGCGACGCGAAGAAUGCGCAUUUCCGGGCGGUGAGUGGCUUGGUUAAGGAUACGAAGGACGACACGAAAGGUGCCGUCGCGACAUUGGGGAAGUUGUGA